CAUGCUUUUACAACCGGCAGUUACUGUGCCAGCAUCCAUUACACUCCAGGGACAUUCACUCUCCUCCGCUACCCCAUGAAGAACAAGGAUGGUGGAUUUAGACAGUGAGGUUCCUCCACUGCCUCCUAGAUACAGAUUUAGGGAUUUGCUCCUAGGGGACCAAGGAUGGCAGAAUGAUGACAGGGUACAAGUGGAAUUUUAUGUGAAUGAAAAUUCUUUUAAAGAGAGGCUGAAGCUUUUUUUCAUCAAAAACCAAAGAUCAAGUCUUCGAAUACGACUCUUCAAUUUCUCCCUGAAGCUUCUCAGCUGCAUGCUGUAUAUUGUACGAGUCCUGCUUGAUCAUCCCUCUAACGAUACUAGUUGGUCUCAUAUAUUAUGGGUGAACAGAAGCUUACCUCUAUGGGGGCUGCAGGUUACAGUGGCAUUGAUUAGCCUAUUUGAAACCAUUCUGCUUAGUUACCUAAGUUACAAGGGAAACAUAUGGGAACAGAUCUUGAGAAUAUCAUUUAUUUUAGAAAUUAUCAACACAGUGCCGUUCAUCAUAACCAUAUUCUGGCCUCCAUUAAGGAACUUAUUUGUUCCUGUGUUUCUAAAUUGUUGGCUUGCUAAACAUGCUUUGGAAAACAUGAUUAAUGAUCUUCACAGAGCAAUUCAACGUACACAGUCUGCCAUGUUUAACCAAGUGUUAAUUUUAAUAUCAACUCUGCUUUGUCUUAUCUUCACCUGCAUCUGCGGAAUCCAACACUUGGAACGAGCUGGAAACCGUUUGUCACUCUUCGAUUCUCUGUACUUCUGUAUUGUGACCUUUUCAACAGUGGGAUUUGGGGAUGUGACCCCACAAAUCUGGCCAUCCAAACUUCUGGUAGUCAUCAUGAUCUGUGUAGCACUAGUUGUUCUUCCUAUCCAGUUUGAGCAGCUUGCCUACUUGUGGAUGGAGAGACAAAAGUCUGGUGGGAACUACAGCCGUCAUCGAGCACAAACAGAAAAACAUGUUGUCUUAUGUGUCAGCUCCUUAAAAAUUGACCUGCUAAUGGAUUUCUUAAAUGAGUUCUAUGCACAUCCAAGACUUCAGGAUUAUUAUGUUGUCAUAUUGUGUCCCACUGAGAUGGAUGUGCAAGUUAGACGUGUUCUUCAGAUCCCGAUGUGGUCACAGAGAGUCAUCUACCUGCAAGGUUCAGCCCUUAAGGACCAGGACCUCCUUAGAGCAAAGAUGGAUAAUGCUGAGGCUUGUUUCAUACUGAGCAGCAGAUGUGAAGUAGACAGAACAGCAGCUGAUCAUCAAACAAUAUUAAGAGCUUGGGCAGUAAAAGAUUUUGCUCCAAAUUGCCCCUUGUAUGUUCAAAUAUUGAAGCCUGAGAACAAAUUCCAUGUCAAAUUUGCAGAUCAUGUGGUAUGUGAAGAAGAAUUUAAAUAUGCAAUGCUUGCUCUAAACUGCAUAUGUCCAGCAACUUCAACGCUGAUUACAUUGCUGGUUCAUACCUCGAGAGGACAAGAAGGACAGCAAUCACCAGAGCAAUGGCAAAAGAUGUACGGUAGAUGUUCAGGAAACGAAGUCUACCAUAUAAAAAUGGAAGAAAGUAUCUUCUUUGCUGAAUAUGAAGGAAAGAGUUUUACUUAUGCAUCAUUCCACGCACAUAAAAAGAAGGGAUAUUUAUCUGACCUGACACAAUCCACAUCUCCUAGGUUUGGUGUAUGUUUAACUGGUGUCAGAAGAGAAGACAAUAAGAACAUCCUGCUGAACCCUGGACCAAGAUAUAUCAUGAACUCUACCGACACCUGCUUUUAUAUCCACAUCACAAAAGAAGAGAAUUCAGCAUUCAAACAGCAAGAACAUCUGGGAAACUUACACAAAUACAAAUCUACCUAUCAUGGACCAUCAAGGCUACCUGUGCACAGUAUCAUUGCCAGCAUGGGUACUGUAGCAAUAGAUUUGCAAGAGACCACCUGUCAAUCUUCCACUGGGCCAACACUUACUCUUCCUUCAGAAUGUAAUAAAGAAGGUAGAAGACCCAGCAUUGCCCCUGUACUAGAAUUGGCUGACAAUGCAUCUAUACAACCCUGUGAUCUUCUUUGUGACCAAUCAGAAGAUGAAACUAACCCUUUAGAUGAUGAAUGUUGCGAUGGUAAAGAGUAUGUCAAAGGAUAUCCUCCUAACUCCCCAUAUAUCGGAAGCUCUCCGACAUUUUGUCACUUGCUACAAGAAAAAGUGCACUUCUGUUGUCUACGAUUAGACAAGGGUUGCCAACAUAACUAUUUUGAAGAUGCAAAAGCCUAUGGAUUUAAAAAUAAAAUUAUCAUAGUGGCUGCAGAAACAGCAGGGAACGGAUUGUACAAUUUCAUAGUUCCACUCAGAGCAUACUACAGACCAAAGAGAGAGCUUAAUCCAAUCAUAUUGCUCCUGGACAACCAGCCAGAUAUGCAUUUUCUGGAUGCUAUAUGUUGGUUUCCAAUGGUCUACUACAUGGUGGGCUGUAUUGACAACCUAGAUGACUUGUUGAAAUGUGGAGUAACAUUUGCAGCCAACAUGGUCGUUGUAGACAAAGAAAGCACAAUGAGUGCCGAAGAAGAUUAUAUGGCCGAUGCCAAGACAAUAGUCAAUGUGCAAACACUUUUCAGGUUAUUUUCAAGCCUUAGCAUCAUUACAGAGCUGACACAUCCAGCCAACAUGAGAUUCAUGCAAUUCAGGGCCAAGGACUGUUAUUCAUUAGCUCUAUCUAAGCUGGAGAAGAGGGAGAGAGAACGGGGCUCUAAUCUGGCAUUUAUGUUCCGUCUGCCUUUUGCUGCAGGAAGAGUAUUUAGCAUAAGCAUGUUAGACACACUCCUAUACCAGUCAUUUGUGAAAGACUAUAUGAUCUCCAUCACAAGACUGUUGCUCGGACUGGACACCACUCCAGGAUCUGGGUUCCUUUGUUCUAUGAAAAUUACAGAAGAUGAUCUAUGGAUCAGAACAUAUGGGAGACUUUACCAAAAACUUUGUUCAUCAACUGGAGAUAUUCCAAUUGGAAUCUAUAGGACAGAAUGCCAGAAACUCACAACUUCUGAGUCUCGAGAAAUGGCUUCUCAAUCACAGAUUUCUAUCAGUGUCGAAGAAUGGGAAGACACAAGAGAGACCAAAGAGCAAACUACAAAUCGGAACAACCAUCGAAAUUCCACGUCCAGUGACCAGACAGAACAUCCUAUUCUGAGACGGAAGAGCAUGCAAUGGGCAAGGCGACUGAGCAGAAAAGUACCAAGACACUCAAAUAAGACAGCAGAAAGGAUAAGUCAGCAGCGAAUGACUCUUUGUCGAAGGUCCGAGAGGCAAGAAUUAGCAGAACUAGUAAAAAAUAGAAUGAAACAUUUGGGUCUUUCCACAGCAGGCUAUGAUGAAAUGAACGAUCAGCAGAACACACUGUCCUACAUCCUCAUCAAUCCUUCACCAGACACCAGACUGGAACUGAGUGAUGUUGUUUAUCUCAUCAGACCAGAUCCAUUGUCGUAUGUUCCAGCCAAUGCAUCCAGUCGGAAAAGCAGCUUCUGCAAUGCAGCAGGACAAGAUUCUAAGGAUGAAACACAGCUAUAAAACAUCAAGAUCUUCAUUGAUUAAAGAACUGAUUAGUGGCUUUGACAUCACCAUUAGCCAAUCAACCAUCAAAAAACCCUACAGCUUCUGCUGGAAAGUGCCAGCAAACGUGUCUUACUAGAGAGACUGGAUGGAAACAAUGACUCUAUCAAUAAACUGUCACCAGUAUUCCCGUAUACCCAUUCAUUGCUCAAAGAGGGUUAAUCUCUCAAUUCCUGAUAUUUUAUCCCAUAUUAUGGAUUGAACAAUGC